CGUGAUUUGAGCGUCAUCAGCUGCUGGCAUACAUCAGUGGCGCACGUUGCACUUGGGAAAUAUUUUGCUAUACGGUUUUAUAUUUAAAAUACCCAUGGCAAAUGGUGCGGAAGAUGUCAUAUUUCGUCGUGGGACGGGUCAUAGUGAUGAUUCUGACAUCUGGGAUGAUACAGCUUUGAUUAAAGCAUAUGAUAAAGCGGUUGCGUCGUUCAAGAAUGCAUUGAAAGGAGAGGACAAUGUGACACUUCACAAAAAAGAUAACCCUGGAAAGAAGCGGAAAAACAACAAAAAGAGCAAAAGCAGAAAAAGAUGUAACGCAGCACCUGAUAAAGAGUGGCAGGUUGGGGACUCCUGUUAUUCUUUCUGGUCUGAAGAUGGGAACUUGUACACUGCUACGAUUUCCUCAAUCGAUCAGGAGAAGGGCACCUGUGUGGUCUUCUAUACUGAUUAUGGUAAUGAGGAGGAGCAGAACCUCAGUGACCUUCUGACAGAGGCAUCAGAUUUGGAUGAAGACACUCAGAAAACUGCAGAUGGAUGUGGAGUCAAGGAGGCUGAGUCUUCGACAGAGGAGAGUGAUCGAUCAUUUACCCCACAGCAGUCCGGUCAUGGGAAGCACAAAUCUAAAGGCAGAUCUCCCAUGGGACCUCCAUCGUGGAUUCCUGGUUUCCCACCUGGACCCCCACCUGGACCGCACUUCCAAAAGACGGAUGGCAGACGAUCAGAAGGUCCUGGACAUUUCUUCCCUGGAUGGCCUCCCAUGAUUCCACCCGGUCCCCCGAUGAUCCCACCGCCUCCACCAAUGAGUCCAGACUCUCUAGAGGAUGACGAGGCUUUGGGCAGUAUGCUUAUUUCCUGGUACAUGAGCGGCUAUCACACGGGAUACUAUUUGGGUUUAAAACAAGGUCGAGAGACAGCAACAUCUAAGAAGUCACAUCGGAAAUGAAGAUACAGUGUCUCAUACCCUGGGUGUGGUACUCCAACACAGACACUGUGAGGUGCAGCUCGUUUGAAUGACGGUCCAAUGAGGAGCUGACAGAGUACAGGCGGGGCUUGAGCAGAGGAAGCUGGCUGAGAAGGAAGG